ACCAGUAUGCUUGCCUUGCUAGUUGCAGGAUUGAUUCUAGCACUGGGGCUAAUUAUUACUUCUUUUUCGUUGUUGACAAGGAAAAACCACAAGGAUGUAAAGUACCCAAAGAGCUUACCAUCAUUACCUGUGAUUGGGAGUUUACUUCACCUUGGUCAUCACCUUCUUCCACACAUCCAUUUCUGCAAUUUACAGAAAAAGUAUGGGAGUCUCUACUCAUUUAAUAUGGGCUCCCAUUACGUUGUCAUUGUCAACAACCACCAGCAUGCCAAGGAGGUCUUGUUGAAGAAAGGGAAAACGUUUGCUGGGAGGCCACGUACAGUAACAACUAAUAUUUUAUCAAGGAACGGAAAAGACAUUGCCUUUGCAGACUACAGCCCAAGCUGGAAAUUUCACCGCAAGAUAGUACAUUCAGCUGUCAACAUGUUCGGAGAAGGGACCAUCGCUAUCGAGGAAAUCAUUUCUCGUGAGGCUUCAUCACUGUGCCAAACGCUCAUCGGUUUCCAAAGCAAUCCAUUGGACAUGGCACCAGAACUGACCCGGGCUGUAACCAACGUGGUUUGCGCACUAUGUUUCAAUACCAGAUACAACAGAGGAGAUACAGAGUUUCAGCAAAUGUUGAGUUAUAGUAAAGGCAUAGUGGACACAGUUGCCAAAGAUAGCUUAGUGGAUAUCUUUCCUUGGCUACAGAUAUUUCCAAACCAAGAUCUGAGUUUAUUGAAGAACUCUGUGGCAAAGCGAGAUAAGCUUCUGGAACAGAAAUUGAAGGAACAUGAAGAGGCAUUUUGUAGCGAGGCAAUAAAAGACUUGACAGAUGCUCUUCUGAAAGCAAAGCUUAGCGUGGAAAACAACAACAGCAAUAUUUCCCAGGAUGUGGGGCUCACCGAGGAUCACCUGCUUAUGACGGUCGGGGAUAUAUUUGGAGCAGGAGUGGAAACCACUUCAACUGUAUUGAAGUGGGCAGUGGCUUAUUUAUUACACUAUCCAGAGGUCCAACUCAAAAUCCAAGAGGAACUUGAUGCCCAGGUUGGAUUUGAAAGAUACCCAUUGAUCAGUGACAGAGGGAAGUUGCACUAUUUGGAAGCCACCAUUGCUGAAGUGCUACGUAUUCGCCCCGUGUCGCCGCUGCUCAUUCCGCAUGUCGCCAUGGAAGAAUCGAGCAUUGGAGAAUACACAAUUCAAAAAGAUGCUCGUGUGGUUAUAAAUCUCUGGUCUCUUCAUCAUGACCCCAAUGAAUGGAAAAACCCUGAAGUCUUUAAUCCAGACCGAUUCUUGGACGAGAAUGGAAAUCGUAUUUAUUCCCCCUGCCCAAGUUACAUGCCUUUUGGUGCUGGGAUCCGUGUUUGUCUUGGAGAAGCCUUGGCCAAAAUGGAAAUCUUUCUCUUCCUUUCGUGGAUUCUGCAGAGGUUUACCUUGGUGGUUCCAGAGGGUGAACAGCUUCCAGACCUGGAAGGGAGGUUUGGGGUAGUUCUUCAAGUGAACACGUUCAAGGUGAUUGCUAAAUUGAGGAAUGGUUGGAAGAACAUAGACACCGCCACCUGAGAACAGAGGAGAGUCAUUUUAAAACCUGAAAAUGCCGUGCUUUUUUUAAUUUGGUAGAUCAAUUAGGUUUUUAUUGAGGUAUUUGCACCAAAGACAUAGUAUACCGUAUUACAAGGAGCAAGGAACAUAUGUAACAUCAUAUACAGCGGUAGCAUGUGCUAUACCUCGUUUCAAAAUACAAACUCGGUCCUCAGGGGAUAAGUGCAACUCAUGCAAUGACAGAAAUAUUAGCAGUUGGUCAUGUAGUGAAUAGCCCUGUCAGCUAGAGGUGGUGCUAUAAAUAGGCUUUAGGAGACAACAGGUUUGCAGC